AUGCUUGCCACAGAGGCCGAAUCAGAGCAUAGCACUGUUGACACCUGGCAGUGGGCUGAUGACGAGGUUCCAGACGAGCAGCUGCUGGAGCCGCCCAGGAUCCCACAGCGCUUCAAUCUCUCUCUCCUCCGUGAUAGAAAGCAGGAGUUCUCUCCGGACUUGCAAUCUGGACUGCCGGAGGUCCCGGACGUGCUUUGGGAGCUCGAAGUUCCAGAUGAGGAGACUUGCUUUGAAAGCUUUCCGCACACAUGCCCAAUGCCACAGGUCAGAAAGAUGGGGACAGUUCGCGAAGAAAUGGUGAUAGCUCAGGAGUGCAAGCCUUUGAAGGUGAUUGCGGGGAGGACGCCAAAGAUGUGCCAUGAUGAUGCCGCACAAGUCACAUCCUUUGCAGACAAGGUCGCGGACUUGAUGGAACGGGUCUCGAACCAACGUCCACAUGAGCUCGAUGGUACCAUACACCCAACUCCACGUUCGCCGCCAGUCCUGGGGAGGCUUACCAAAUCGGAGGCGGGAACCACCUUCGAGGAUGUCAGCAUCCCUUUGCUGAAGAAUGACAUACACUCACAGGCCAAAGAAGACGUUAUGGCGCGCUUGCCUGGUGAGGAAGUACAGCCCGGAAGCAAAGCUGCUGCCGCGGAGGAUGGGUUUUUUGGAGAGGUGCCUUCGGUCUAUGAUGUGCUUCGAAAUCAGUUUGCAGACAUCAACCGCGAGAACCAGAGGUAUGUGACAGUCACGGACUUUAUGCAGUUUGUGGAAUGGCGAGCUCGGCAGUGUGGUGGGGUGCCAGCAGAAAGUGAGCACCUUCUGCAAGAGACGGCAAAACGCUGCUUUCAACAAGCCUCUGUGCGCAGGGAGGGCAUUCGGUCAGAGGAUUGGCUUCACUUUGGGCUCCUGUCCACCACUUCUCCAUGGCACCUGAACAGGCGCGUACGUCGAGAAUUGGUCAAGAAUCCACAAUUCCUCAGACAGGUGCUGCAUGCUUUUGAAACAGCUGAUGUUCGAGGUGAAGGUCGCUUGCACAUCAGCAACAUCAAGGCAAGUUUCCUGAACUGCGAUGAGCUGGUAUCACAGGUAGAGCUGGCGGCAAAAAAUCCGGGUCAAAGUGAGGAACUUGGGUACUACGAUUUUGUCGCGUAUUGUUUGGGAUAUCGGCGAUCAUCGGUUAAGUUGAAUUGGUACGAUGUGUCACGAGGCUAUGCAAAGUGGUUGCCUGGUGCCUUGCUUGGCCAGGAUUUGGAAGGCAUAUGGCAUACUGGCAUUGUAGCUUUUGGCCGUGAGUACUGGUUUGGUGGGAAGGUCUUGGCAUCUGAGCCUGGCAAGGCGCCGUUUGCAGGACCUAUUCGCUGCACAGAGCUUGGCACCACCUUGAACACCAAAGAGGAACUGGAAGACUGGCUGCGCUUUGAUGUGGUUUCGAGGUACACUCGGGAGAGCUAUGAUGUCCUCUCACACAACUGCAAUCACUUUUCUGAUGAGGUUGCAGGAUUUCUGAUUGAGGGCUGCCACAUCCCAGAUGAAGCCCGCCGGCAGCCAGAGGCAUUGAUGGGGACUUCGACCAUCAACGUGGUGCGCCCGAUCUUGAAUGGCUGGCUCGGUGGCUUUGAGGGGGGCGAUAGCUCCGAGAUUGAUGAUUUGACGGAAGAGUGGCGCGCACGACUUUGGCCAGGUGACCUGUGCCUCUACGAUCACUCUGGGAAUCAGAAGCUUAAAUUGGCACAGGUCUCCAACGUGGAUAUCUUCAACUGCACUUGUGAUAUCAGUUUUUUUGAUUCUGAUGGUGCACAGCGAGGUCUCGGACCUUUUGCCUUCGUUGGAUCCAGUUUGCGACGCUUCCCUCACCUGAGCUCUUCUUGGGACUGGCACCUGGUGAGGAAAUCUGUUCCUCUCUCCUCUUUGCGCCCUCACGAGACUGGCGUUGUCAGUGGACGAGGUGCCCUACUGCGUCCAGGAGUCAGGAGAAUAGACCCUGGCAUUCAGACCAUUCUGAAACGAAAGGCGGUGGUCUAUGCGCAUUGUGCACAGGGCCACAUCAUGCAGCAAUCCGACGGCCGGUGGUCGUUGGUAUCUUUGCUGCGUGCAAAGCUUUCCACAUCUUGCAGCAUUUGCUCCAAAGAAAUUGCCAUGGACCGAAAACUGCAGGCUACUACUCUUUGGGAUCCAUUGCAGCACCUACAGCGAGGCAGCUGCUACAAGAGCCAAGUUGGAUUUCCUACAAGGCAAUGCGGUACUUGGCAGCAGCUGGGAAGCCUGGUGGCCCGUUGA